UUUAUUCUCUAGUUUCUAUCAGAAUCUAUCACUGCCUCUCUGAAUAGAAUGGCUUUCUCCAACUCCAUGGCCUUUUUAGCUGCAGUUCUUGUACUACUACCCAUGGCAACUUUUGCAGUGGACUUGCCAGCUAUAUCUCCUGCUGCUGCCGCUGAAAUAUGUAAACAAGUGGAGUGUGGAAGAGGAACAUGCAAUUAUAACUCCAGUGAGCCAUUACUCUACACAUGUGAGUGCGAAACUGGAUGGAAGCGAACCACAGAAGGAAAUGAUACCCUCAAGUUUCUCCCUUGUGUCAUCCCUGACUGUGAACUGGACUACAACUGCCAAGCACCCCCUAAAGUUCUUGUUAACACACAAAUUCCAAGCAACGCAUCUGCAUUUGACCCUUGCAACUGGGUUUACUGCGGAGAAGGGACAUGCGUAAAGAACUCUACCUAUCUAUACUCACCACAGUGUGAAUGCAAUGACGGGGCAGACAAUCUUCUUGACGUCUCAGUAUUCCCAUGCUACAGUGAAUGCACACUUAAACCCGACUGUGCACGCCUUGGGAUAGAAGUUGCAAAUUCAACUUCUUCUACUGAUGGGGAUGACAGUAACAAAGGUGAGAUUGAUCUCCUAAAAUAUUACUCCAAUUUGAUCGCUGUUGAUGUAGUUAUCUUACUAAUUAGAUUCAGUUUCAACGCCAUGCUAAUAAAAUCAGAGAGAAGCCACAUAUAGAUACAACUACACUGUUAUUCCAAUAAUACACCUAAGCAGGAACAAUAAGAACACAGGAACAAAGACUUAUUGGCGUACUGAUGUAUUAGGUAGGUCAAACCCAUGAUCUCCUUAUGAAAAGUAAUAGAUCCUAGAAUUGAAUUUUCUUGGUAAUAUAGUUUCUGGGGGCUGGGGUUAAAGUUUGAGACUUGGUCAUGA